UUGCACCUUGUUGUCCAUGAAUUUUGUGGUGCAGUUGAAAUUCCCUUCGUAUUUCCCUACAUCAGACAAAUAAUAAAUGAUAAAAUAAGUGAUAAAAUAAAUAAUAGUAAAAUGCCUCAUUUCAGUACAAAAAACUAUAAAGUAAACGAAAAAUGCCAAAUGCCAAUUUAUAUGCGUUUAGCCGAACAAUUAUGUCCACACACGUGCGCAAUGUGUUGCAAAACAAGAAAGUUCAACUGCAGAGAUGUUGCACAAUGCGAAAAUUUCUCGCAAGAAAUGUGCAGAAUGCCUUCUCUCGGUAAAAUAGCAUUAGAAUUUUGCCCACAUACAUGUGGACUUUGCGAUUUGCCUGGUGCUGGCGGUGAAUGUCCGGACAGUAUUGAUGGAUGCGAAAGUUUAAGGGGAUUUUGCCAACUUGACUCGAUUAGAAAUAUUUGCCAGAGAACGUGUAUUUCACGCGCUUCUUCACAGUCCAGUGGCUGCGCUGAUGCACACGUUGACUGCCCGUUAUAUCGCCAUCUUUGCAGCAUCGGUGAUUAUGGAAUUGUGAUGAGAACACAAUGUAGGCGAACUUGUCGCCAUUGCUAA